AUGAGGUUCUUGUCGUUGCUGGCGCUGGCGUCGAUGCCCGUGGCGGAGGUGCUGCUCGUCGCCCUAGCCGGCGCCUACCUCGCCAGCGCCUGCUGCAACAUCCUCACGCCCACCGCCCGCGCCGACAUCAACCGCCUCGUCUACGCCGUCUUCACGCCCGCGCUCAUCCUGGCCAGCCUCGCCACCACCGUCACGCUCCAAGACGCCAUCUCCUGGUGGUUCAUGCUGGUGAACAUCGGCAUCAUCUUCCUCGUGGGAGGGGUUCUUGGGUGGCUGGCGGUGCUCGUCCUCAGGCCACCGCACCACCUCAGGGGAUUGGUCAUUGCAUCCUGCUCUGCCGCGAACUUGGGCAACCUGCUGCUGAUAGUGAUCCCGGCCGUGUGCGAGGAGCAUGAUGGCAAUCCCGGUCCCUUCGGCAACAAGACCAUCUGCACUCGCCGCGGCCUCUCCUACGCCUCCUUCUCCAUGGCGCUCGGUGGAUUCUACAUCUGGACGCACACGCACAGCGUGAUGAAGAGGUCCGGCCAAAUAUACCGCAGGAUGAAACGGGCAAACUUCGCUGCUGAUGCGACUUGCUUGGUUGAUCCUCCCAAGGACGACCACUCAGCUGCUUCCUUGUCAGAGGAGGAGGUUGCCCAAGACCAAGUGCCCAGCUGCUGGAACAAGAACGAUGAGGACGACGUCAUCUCGCCAUCGCCCGAAUCUGUCCAGGACAAAAUUAUAAUGCAACACCAAAUUUUACUUCCAUUGCUGUCGAGCUAUCGCCUGAGUGGUAAAAGCAACAAUAACCUGUGGGAGAAGCUGAAAGAAGGCACGCUCCAGAUACUCGAGGAGUUAACCGCGCCACCUACGAUCGGUGCAGUGAUAGGCUUGGUCGUUGGUGCAGUGCCCUGGCUCAAGUCUGUAUUUGUCGGCAGCAACGCCCCCCUACGAGCUGUGCACAACUCCCUCAAGCUAUUAGGAGAUGGCACAAUCCCUUGUGUUACUCUCAUUCUAGGAGGAAACUUGACAAAAGGUGUGCGCAAGACAGCGGUGCCACCGGCAGUGGUGGCGGCAAUCAUCGGUGUGCGGUAUGUGAUCCUGCCGGUGACCGGAAUAGUGGUGGUGAAGGCUGCGCGUGAGAUGGGGUUCCUGCCGCCUGAUCCGCUGUACCAAUACAUGCUCAUGAUCCAGUUUACUCUCCCGCCUGCAAUGAGCAUCGGCACAAUGGCUCAACUGUACGAUGUCGGGCAAGAGGAGUGCUCGGUGAUCUUCCUGUGGACGUACCUCGUCGCCGCCUUGGCACUCACUGUCUGGUCCACCAUCUUCAUGUCCAUCCUCCUGCAACACCCUUAAUCGGAUCAGAGCUGUGUGUAAUGUAUCUCUGGCCAAGGUCGGUCGACGGGGAUUUCCAGUCCUCCUGCAGGCAGUCACUGCAGCAGAUUGAUCGAAUAAUUGAUUUUGGAGUCCACUAAAAUCCCUCUGUAAAGCUAGCUGCAGUGGCUAAACAUACAUAUCCUCGUAAAUUAACAGUAAACCCACAAUGCUAGGACCAAAAUCCUAUACAGUAGUGAAUGGGGACAUGAAAAUCACUCAUCUCAACUUCCAAUAGUUCGGUAAAGACCGCAAAUCGACUGCUUUUUAUUCAUUGCAUGAGGAAAUCAGCCCAAAUUACAACGAGGUCGACACAGAUUAUUAUGCCAAGAAUCAUGUCGAAUGGUGUUUCCACAUCUCCUAACGAGGCGAUGUCGCAAUCACUAACUUAUUGCAAUCAAGGGAGCACAUGCCCGGCAGUUUGCUACCUCAGAACCCACAACCGACCAAAGUACUUAGCAAAGCCAGAAAAUACAAAAAC